AUGAUUGGCCAGGCUCACGGGAGUUACUUUGCGCCUGCGCCAGCCGAAACCAGGGUGUCUAUUCAGCGCGCUGUAAAGCAGACGAAUACCGUUCAGCGGCCACGGCUGGCAGACGUCAUUUUAGCUUCGGACCACUGGUGUUCAAUGCUGACAGGCUUCACCCCCGAUCAGGUGCGCCUGCUGCAUGCAAUUGGAACCGCUGACCCAGAACAAAUCGUGCUGUCUCUGCGUCCGCGGGUUCAGUGGAGCAUCAGCUUACUUAAGCGCAAAAAUCAAGAGCCAGAUCACCAAGACGCCGCCGCGUUUAGUAAGAAACGUGCCCGCCGUCGAAAGCGCAUGUUUGAGGCUGAUGACAGUCUUAUCGUCCUUCUCACAUAUCUACACCAAGGCUGUGCUUUAAUGGAGGUGUAUGAUAAGCUCAACCUGGACCGUCACUGCAGCGCGGCGACGGAGCAGCGCAGACAGCAAACGUAUACGGAUAUUAACAGUAUCAAGAGCGAUCUAGAUCACAAUCUUCAUGAUAUGUCUGCCAUGCUCCGCAAGGUACAGCAAAAUAAGGUUGCACGUACAAGCAUGCUAAUAAAGGACGCCAUCACAAACAUGAAGGCAUCAUUUGUGCGCGCCUUUAUUGAGCUUCCGCGGGAAUUCCGUGACGAGCUAUUUCCACCAUUUCCAGAAACAGACUUCCCAGAGCUGAAUGCUUGUCCCCUUAUGAUAGACUUGCGGACACAGAGCACUCCACGCCAAUCUAGGCUAGGCGUUGAUACAGAGGACCAGCUGAGUGGCCAGCGAUUGCGAUCAGAAGUCUGGAUUGGUAGAACGGGUCUCGCUGCGUUCGUGUUCAGUAACUCUACAUCCUCGGACAGAUUGUGCUUUGUUUCCAGAGAAGCCAGCGAGAGCACGGAGCUUCUUUCUUUCAUUGGGGUAGAUCCUGUAUUGUUGAAUUUGGGAAACCAGGUUGACAUAACCAUGUCCGUACAAGUCUGUGCAGCCCGGGAGGCUGUGCUAGAGGAAAGAAGAGCAAUUGUGUCCCGGCAUUAUAACCGUGCUGCUGCCCUGUUUCAGUCUGUUACGAGCUGUUACCGAAGAGACCCCUCGACGUACUCUGACUUCAUUGUACUAAUUCACGCGUUGACGAAUUAUCACAUUCUAGAGAACAUGUUUGUGGAGAACACUAUAGCAGAUAAGUUACAGUGGGGUAAGGAUGAGGGUCGUGUUCACGAGAACGACACACAGCACCCUUCCGAACCACACGAAAUUGACGUUGCACUAUAG